AUUGGAAUAGUUCUUAUGUUUGUUAUAAUCCUUAUUCGACGAAUUUCAAAGAAAUCGAUGUUAAAAAAAUAAUAUCAAGCUCUGUUAUGAAAGUUUGUGGAUUUUAUAUAUAUAUUCAACCACAUUGGGAUUGGGUCAAUCCUGGGUAUGAUGAUUUAAAGUUGGAAGAACAUUGUGAUUGUGUUUUUUUGAUUGAUGAAGAUGAGAAAGAUGUUAUUACUUUUGAUAAAUCCGUUUCGAAAGAUAUAAAAUUAGAAUUAAUUAAUAUAAUCACUAUAAAUCAAUUACAUGCUGAUAAAAAA